AUGAAAGAAAACAGGGAUAAUGCCUUUUCACCAGUGUGUGCAGCACCGAGUGCGACAGGUCCGUUUGACCGGGCAGAGCUUGUGCGGAUCAUGCUCCAAGCGCUGCAAGAUAUGGGUCUGCACGAAACGGCGACCAAGCUGCAGCUAGAAACUGGCGUCGAGUCGGAGCAUGCAUUAAUCGCCGAACUCCGCGCCGCCGUGCUUGCAGGCGAUUGGAGCAAUGCAGAGAACAUGAUUGCCAAAUGCUCGUGGGACGAUAGCAUCGAGGUCGGUUCGGCCCCUGCAGAUGAAUGGGACGAUCGCGACACAUACCUCUAUAUCCGUUUCCUCCUUCACGAGCAAGAGUACCUCGAGCUCCUCGAAGCCGGCGCGAGCACCGCCGCGCUGCGUCUAUUGCGCCAACGCAUCGUACCGCUUGCUCGGCAGCCUGGACGCGUAAUGCUGCUGAGCAGCCUUGUGCUACAUACGCACCCAGAAGACCUGUACCGGCGCGCAUCAUGGGACGGCAGCCGUGGUCAUUCGCGACAGCGCCUUCUUGACAAGAUCCAGCGCAUGAUCAGCCCCAGCGCCAUGCUUCCGAGCCAGCGCCUCGUGCAUUUGCUCGAGCAGGCCACCAUGCACCAGCGGCUCGAGGACCUUUACUAUGUUACCGGCGUAAAUGCAGAACACGACAGACCGAGCCUUUUGCGCGACCACGAGAGGGACACGAGCCACUUUCCGCGGCACAAUAUGUACACUCUGCAAGGGCACACCGACGAGGUCUGGAUUCUGCGCUUCUCACACAACGGGAAAUGGCUCGCGACUGGCGGCAAGGACCGCGUAGUGAUCGUGUGGGACAUAGGCAAUGGGUUCCAUGCGCACACGCGGCUUGUAGAGCGUGAGUCGAUCCACAGUAUCGACUGGUCCCCCGAUGAUACCAAGCUGCUCGUCACUGCAGACGAGGAAAUUACUGUGUGGGACAUGACGACCAAGCGUGGCACAACCUUUGUAGAGCAUCUGCACACCGCCUCGGCCCGGUGGCUUCCACACACGAUGGCAGGGACGAGCCGUGUACGUGUCCAGGCGUGCGGCCCGUUCGUCAGUGGCGGCAUGGACGCCGCGAUUCUUUUCUGGAACGAAGGCGGAAAGGUCGUGGAAAAGGUCGACACAACGCCGUUUCGCAUCACUUCUUUGGACGUCUCGACCGACGGACGGUGCAUGGUCGCGCUUGGAUGGUGCCCGCCAAAGGCGCAGAAACCAGCGCGCCAAGGCGCACAUUCCGUGCGCGAAGUGCGCAAUCGCGGCGCGUCCCUCUCGAGCCCUUUGCCCUUGUCGUUCGGACGUGGCGCCUACGGUAUCCGGUUCUAUGGUGAAGGGCGUACGCGUGUAACAAGCUUUGGUUUGCUUGCGCUCCCUUCUGAUGUGGACGAUGUUGCGCCGGUGGGGCAGGAAGAAGAGGAAACGCCGUUGCAUUUCGACGUCAACCCAGCCCCGAGCUCCGAUCGGGCAUCGGUGGAGCGGCGCGAGGGCGACCAUGCAUGUGUAUAUGUAUUUGAUCUUGUACAGCGCAAACAGAUCUACACGCUCUACCUUCCAAAUAUGCUCACCAACGUCGCAAUUUCUUCCGAGGGACGCUACGCGCUAUUGAGCGAGCACAGGGGUGAUAUCCUGCUCUUGGAUCUCAGCACCAUGAGGCUGCACCAGCACUACCACGGCCACCACGCCCGCGACUUCACUUUGCGCGCCGCAUUUGGCGGUGCUGCCCAAGGACCAGGCGAGCGCUUCGGUCCUUCGUUUGUCGCGAGCGGAAGUGAGGAUGCGCGCAUCUAUCUUUGGCACCGCGCCACGGGACAGCUACUAGAGACUGGUAACCAACACCCGCACGGCGCGGUGAACGACGUGGCAUGGCAUCCACACAACGCCGAGAUGCUCGCAUCCUGCGGCGACGAUGGCACUGUGCGGAUCUGGCAAACAGGGAACGCAGGAUUGUCCAUCACACGCACGCUGCCAAACACGAUGGAGGCGCUGCAUCCAGAAAGCAGGAUGGGCCGGUACUCCGACCGCGACUUACGACAAGACACAGAUACGGCGAACCCAGAGAGCAGGGCCGGUCGACACUCGGAUCACGACACUACACAAGGCACCGAUGUUACUAUGGACGAUGACGACGAAGCGCCCUCAUCGCUAGAUGGAGAGGAACACGAAAACGAGAGCAUGGCGCAGGAAACACUACGUAUCCGUCCGGCUCCGCGCACGGCCCGGACGCGGCUCACUUCCUCGCCGCCCACGUCCAGCGGACGCUUGCACGAAGCCUCGAGCGCAGCUACAUUGUCUUCUCCACCUCCACCGCGACGACCCCAUCCCUUCCCUUGGUAG